CAGUCGUCAGCGCGCUGCUGACAGCUCCGAUUCGCGAUGUUCAUCUGGCUGACGGUCGUGGGCGGCUUGGUGCUCAUCCUCAGGACUCGCUUCCCAUAUUGGCUUGACGACUGCGUGUACAUCCUGCGCAGCCUCAUGCUCGCCGCCAGGCUCAUCAUGUAUAAGAGGAGCAAGCCGUUCCACGCCGUCUUGGACGCCUUUCUGGCGGCGGCCCGGAGACACCCGGCCAAGACUUUCCUGCACUUCGAGGGGGAGCGCUUCUCCUACGGGGAAGUGGACCGGCGAAGCAACCGGGUGGCCCGGGUGCUGAGGCAGGAGGCGCACCUGCGAGAGGGGGACACGGUGGCGCUCUUUCUGGGCAACGAGCCCAACCUUGUCUGGACCUGGCUGGGACUCGCCAAACUGGGUUGUCCGGUUGCCCUGCUUAAUUUCAAUAUCCGAGCUAAGUCUCUGCUGCACUGUUUUUCCUGCUGCGGGGCCAAAGUGCUCGUGACGUCGGCAGAGCUACAGGAUGCCGUGGAGGAAGUCUUACCUGCUCUGAGAGAGCAGGGGGUCAGCGUGUACUUCCUAUCAGAGACGCGUAAUAUUCAGGGUGUCGAUUUCUUGGCCGAUAAGAUCUCCAAGGCCUCGGACCAACCUCUGUCCAAAGACCUCAGAGCCAAUAUUACUUACAGGAGCACUGCUUUGUACAUCUACACGUCGGGAACCACUGGUUUGCCCAAAGCCGCGAUAAUCACGCACGAGAGGAUGUGGGCCGCAUCCUUCCUUCAGUCACUGUGCGGCGUCACGAGAGACGACGUCUUCUACAUCAACCUGCCGCUCUACCACAGCUCAGGCUUCCUCAUCGGGUUAGCGGGCUGCAUAGAGAGAGGUAUAACAGUCGUGCUGAAGAGGAAGUUCUCCGCUUCUCAGUUCUGGGAUGACUGCAGGGAACACAACGUGACCGUGAUUCAGUAUAUCGGCGAGACCAUGCGGUACCUUUGCAACAUGCCCAAGAGGGUCAAUGAGAAGGAGCACAAAGUACGGAUCGCAAUAGGCAACGGCAUCCGCGCCGACAUCUGGUCUGAGUUUCUGAGGCGCUUCGGUGACAUUAAAGUAAAGGAGCUGUACGCAGCUACGGAGGGAAACAUCGGAUUUAUUAACUACACUUCCAAGGUCGGCGCUGUGGGACGAAUCAAUUUUUUACACCGGUUAAUCUUCCCAUACAUGUUGAUCAAGUUUGACAUUGAGAAGGAGGAGCCAGUCCGAAACUCACAGGGUCUUUGCGUCAAGGCGGCCACAGGUGAGACGGGCCUCCUGGUGGGGAAGGUGACACGGCGGUCGCCCUUCGUGGGCUACGCGGGCAACGAGCAGGAGACGGAGCAGAAGAGACUACGCAACGUGUUGAAAAAAGGCGACUUGUACUUCAACACGGGAGAUUUGCUGCGCUUUGAUGAGGACAACUUUGUCUACUUUCAGGAUCGAGUGGGUGACACGAACAGAUGGAAGGGCGAGAACGUGGCCACGUCAGAAGUCGCUGACGUUCUCACGAUGGCACCUUGCAUUUUAGAGGCCAAUGUUUACGGUGUUAAGGUCGAAGGGAACGAGGGGCGUGUAGGCAUGGCGGCGAUCACUUUGAAAGAAGGAGAAGACUUUGACAGCGCCGGGGCCUACAAUCAGACCGUCAACUACCUGCCGGCAUACGCGCGCCCGCGAUUCAUCAGGAUCCAGCCUUCCUUGGAGAAGACGGGCACAUUUAAGCUGAAGAAAACCAGGUUGGUGGAAGAAGGCUUCAACCCAGCCCUCAUCAGUGAUCCGUUAUACUACCUCAACGCAGCCAAACGGACGUUCGCUCCCAUGACCACGGAGGUGUACAGCGCCAUUAGCAGCGGCAUGAUUAAACUCUAACACGAGAGUAUUGAACUCUUCAAUAGUGCAAAGGCAUUUUGUUUACAAGGCAAGUCCGCUGCUUCCAACAACUCAUCUCAGGGAUGCACUAACAUUCCCACACAAGACUAUUGUAUUUUAUUUCCAACCCUGAACAGGCACAGAAAGCACGGCACACUCCAGUGCGCUGCCACUUAGAUGGAUGAAAUCAACUGUAGCAUUUCAAAACAUGAAAUAUUGUAUGAGAAUGAUGCCUUUGUGUGUGUGUGUUGAUCAACGUGCUGAACCUUUGGAUGUUGAACUUUGUAGCAAUGUUUAAUGUUACCCCAAUCCGGUGGGACUUAUCAUCAAAGCUCCUUUGAACUGAUGUUAUGAUCACGUUUAAAGGUUAUGUUUGAUGAUGUCAACGGUCAGGAAAAAAGUGUGAAGGAAAGUACUGUUAAGUUUGGCGGGGAGAGGAAAACGGGCGCGCAUUCAUUCGUAGGUCAGGGAGAAAAAAAUAUGUUGGGAAAAUAUUUUCUGAAUACUUCCAUGGUAAUUUUGAAAUGGAAUUAUUUUUAAUUUAGUUUGUAAUGAGUUAACUAAAAUAAAUGCCUAUGUACAAUUACUUAAUAAUAAGAGUUCAUUUUAUUAAAUGGCGGUUUUCAGGGCACUCCAGGUCAUGUACAAUCAAUUCAUACAACAAAUAAGUUGAGUGAGAACAAAAAUCAGUCAUAAAUAAAAAUUAAUACAUUUUAAAUAACCAGUAUUAAAAGACAAUUGAUAACCAUUAUCUUGUGAUAUUAAAAGUGUGAAAUUGUAUUUUUA